AUGUCGCCCACCCAGACCAACCUCGUCACCCACUACGCUCGACAAUACUCGGGAUCCGUCCCCUCAUGCGUCGCUACCUGCAUGAGCUCGGGCAACGCUACUGGAUGCAGCGGUGUCACUGAUUAUACCUGCGUCUGUGCCUCUACUGCCUAUAUCACCUCUGUCAGCGAAUGCUUCUCAAGCUCGUGUACUGCUGCCGAGGCUGCCGUCGGUCAAACCUACUCUGAAUCUGCCUGUGCAUACUAUGUACGUUGUCCUCUCACUACUACCGAUAACUCCACUGCCACUGCCGAAGUCUCCUCUACCGCCUCCGCCGUCCUCUCUGCUCCUGUCACCUACUCUCACGCCUAUAUCAAUAUACAAGCCAUCUUCUCUUCCAUCUGCGGUGCCCUCCUCCUCCUCUCCCUCGCCUCUGGCUUCAUCUCCUGCCGCGCCCGCUACAAGCGCGAGCGGGCUUUCACCCAGAGCCGCACCUGGACCGGCGUGGGUAGUACCAUGGUCGGCGGCAACACCCAAGCCACCGGCGGCGGCAAGAGCAAGAUGUUUGCGUCGCGCAAUGCCGACCCGACAGCGACCUUUAUGAGCGACAACUUUGGGGCUACGAGCUCGAAUUUCGGGGGGACGACUGUGAAUGGUGGCGGGCAGGGGGUGUCUUUUGGUGGGGCGUUUGGAGCGGGGGCGGCGUAUUCUGCUGGACCGUCGUAUACCAGCGGGAACGGUGGUUUUACCAAUCGUCUUGCUGUCGGCGAGGACGAAGACUCCAAGUCGGAAGAGUACGAGUUGGGCGAUCUUACCAAGAAGAGCUCUAUCCGAGAGAGUAUCAAGGAGGAAGAGGGUUUGGACAGCCCUACGACUUCCAAGGGGCCGGGGAGUGAAGUGGACUUGGACGGCAGUACUGUGCAUUUGACCAGGCUGAACAAGGACCAUGUCUAUUAA